AACCACACCCCACAAGGGUGGUAUAUCUGCAGACCCACCGAGUUACUCGCAACUCGUAUUUUGGUCGGCUUCAGUUAUUUCUGUUGAAGCAAAAAGUGCGUAAGUGAUGGCAUCAGCUGGGCUGCAGAUUUUAGGUAUUGCGCUUGCGCUAAUUGGAUGGAUCGGGGACAUCGUAAUCUGCGCUCUUCCUAUGUGGAAAGUGACCGCCUUUAUCGGCAACAACAUUGUAACCGCUCAGAUUAGCUGGGAAGGUCUGUGGAUGAACUGUGUGGUGCAGAGUACGGGACAGAUGCAGUGCAAAGUGUACGACUCCAUGCUGGCCCUGCCUCGGGACCUGCAGGCGGCCCGCGCACUGGUCGUCAUUUCGGUGCUGGUGUCUAUAUUUGGAAUUCUUUUGUCAAUUGCAGGAGGCAAGUGCACGAACUGCAUCGAAGACGGAUCUGCGAAGUCCAGAGUCGCCAUCGCCUCUGGGGUAUUUUUCAUCUUGGGUGGAAUCCUUUGUCUUAUCCCCGUCAGUUGGUCCGCGAACACUAUUAUUCGAGACUUCUAUAACCCUAUGCUCGUCGACGCUCAGAGACGGGAGCUUGUGAAAAUGGUGUCUAUGGGUAGACAGAUGCUGGGCUUGGCCCUGGCUAUUGUUGGAUUUCUGGGGACCAUUAUUGUCUGUGCUCUUCCCAUGUGGAGGGUCACAGCUUUCAUUGGAGCCAACAUUGUGACAGCGCAGGUCAUUUGGGAAGGCUUGUGGAUGAACUGUGUGACACAGAGCACUGGGCAGAUGCAGUGCAAGAUCUAUGAUUCUCUCCUUGCCCUGCCCCAGGACCUCCAGGCUGCCCGCGCUCUGGUGGUGAUUGCCAUCAUUGUGUCCCUUAUGGGCGUACUUAUAGCCAUUGUCGGAGGGAAGUGCACCAACUUUGUGGACAACGAGACCUCAAAGGCCAAGAUUUCCAUCGCUGCCGGGGUCAUCUUCAUCUUGGCUGGAGUUCUUGUCCUGGUCCCUGUCUGCUGGUCAGCCCACAGUAUCAUCAGGGACUUCUACAACCCUCUACUGACCUCAGCUCAACGCAGGGAGCUGGGAGCCGCUCUGUACAUUGGUUGGGGCACUGCUGGUCUGCUGAUCCUUGGCGGGGGGCUGCUCUGCAGUUCCUGCCCUCCGAAGGAAGACAAGCCUUAUGAUGUCAAGUAUUCAAUGGCGGGAAGGUCUGUGGCCAGCAGAGCUUACGUAUGAGACUGCUUAUGAAAGGUGAAGAAAAUGUUUAUGUAGCAAACAGUUGUAAACAGUUGUAUGUAUCUUUUUAUAAGCUGCAAUGAGCGAUCUCGCUCUCAUAUUCUGCUGUGAAAAAUGAAAAUAAUUUGAUGUGGAUUCACUUCUGAGAUCACUCCGAAAACUUUUGAAGUCACAAAACAUUCUACAGUUUUUGAUGUGAAAUGGACAAUGAAACUAUGCAUUUGGUAAAUGUUAUUUUUCUACCUUUUUCACAGUGCAGUAAGUAAGUUCUGAGAAAAAGUAUAAUUUAUGAGCACCAAUGAGUACUAUCUUUGAUGAUAGUUAAUUUAAUCAAAUCAAAGCAGUAGAAUCAAACAUGUAGAAAUGUACUUGUGUUGAGGAGAAGUCAAACAGUUGUAUAGCUGAUGAUCAUGUUUGCUGGAAAGAAAACACAGAAAAUGUGAAAUAUGUUAUGUAUAAUGCUUGUUGUUAAUGGAAUAUGAGCUGUGUUUUUGAAAAAGUUGUACAUGCUCACAGAUUGUAAUUCCUGUUUUCCAUUUUCUAUGUAAAUGUAUGACAACAAAAAAAAUUUGUGUUCAGCAACCUGAAUAUGGUAAUAUUGAUAUUGAUAUUUUCAUCAUUGUAAUAAAGCUGAUUUGUACCAUAUUUUUUUAUGUGUGUUUUUAAAUCAUAUGUUAAUGUCCCAUUUCAGACUGUUGUGGUUAUCGUGUAAUAUCAUUUUGAACCCCUGAAUAAAAAAAUAUCAAAUGGUG